AUGAAGACGACUGCUGUGAUAUGGCGUCGUCAGGUCCAUUCGGCUUUCUUCUCGCGGACUCCAUUGAACUAUGAGACACUUUCGAGGAGAGUUGUUGAGCUGAGGGAGCGAGGCAAUGUUCUGCGAAGUGCUAUCUUGGACUAUAUCACAGCUAACCGAAAGCUACAAAGCAUCAAUAAAGAAUCACAAUCAACAUUGGGCAAUAAAAUAGAUCAUGUUCGGAAGUCAGCCAAUUUUCUUGAUUUGGAAGUAAAUGUUCCAAGCUCAAGACUUGAGAAUGAUCUCUGGGACUUCCUCAGAGAACAUUGGGAACAGUGCGUCAAUGACGGUCAGAUAGUGGCCUCUUUCAUACUGGGUGAUUCAAACGUGGACACUGCUAGGUCGUUUCAGCUUGUUAAAGCAAACUUUGGGUCAUCGCAGCUGGCCAAACAGCUGAUAAAUCCUGUGGCUGUAUUGCUACGAAGACUUCUUCUGAAUAAUGAUUAUCAUAAUUGCAUUGGUCUCUUGGACGCUACAUACAAUUCCAAAGAGUAUAUUCAGAAGCAAAAGAGAACCAUCCAAAGACGUUUAGGUGAUUGCAUUUUCUCGAUUGGUGGCCUAGCAGCGUUUCAGCAUUCGUUCAUGUCGCAAAUGUCGCUAUACUAUCUUCUACCUAUAGACUGUUUAGCCGUAUUGCUACCGGCGUAUGGCUUGCUCAAAAUACUUUGUGGCCAAAAAGAAGAAAGAAUAAGUUGGCGUCCAUAUACUAGUAUCAUCCAUCAAUAUCUGCAUCGCCAUGAACAGUCAUGGAUGAACAGAAUCAUUACGCAUUUCGAGGAGCUGAACGAAUUGAAUGUAAAGAAUUUCCAUACCUCAGAAGUAAGACCUCCACCAUCAUUAGGAGUCUUUCAAGAAGAUGGUUUUGAUAUGUUCCUACCCAGUACCUCCACACUCCCAUCAUUCAACCAUAACUACAAGGAUCAACAUACAGAAACACUUACCAAGUACUUUCGAGACCAGAUCCAAAAACGAAAGCUCAAUUGGGAAAUCCUCAAAGAAGAGAAAACACUCAUUGAUUUCUGGCUUUCCCACGGUGAACAUUAUCGCUGGGUAGAACCCGACCAAGAUCCUGCCGAAAUCUGCACUUUUCGCAGCCAGUCUUCAAACCACUAA